AUGGGCGACUGGAAUUUUCUGGAGAGAUUAUUAGAAAAUGUUCAAGAACACUCAACAGUCAUUGGCAAGGUUUGGUUGACAGUGCUCUUUAUUUUCCGGAUCCUGAUACUAGGAGCUGCAGCAGAAAAGCUUUGGGGGGAUGAACAGUCUGACUUCACUUGCAAUACAAAGCAACCGGGUUGUGAAAAUGUCUGCUAUGACAAGGCAUUUCCUAUUUCUCACAUUAGGUUCUGGGUCCUCCAGAUCAUUUUUGUGUCUACUCCUACCCUUAUCUACCUGGGCCAUGUCCUGCACAUUGUGCGAAUGGAAGAGAAGAGAAAAGAGAAAGAAGACCGAAAGAAGUGCAUUAAAGGUGCCAGUGAAAAGGAACAUUUAAGUAAGGGUGGUGAAAAGAAGGAAAAGCCACCUAUAAGAGACGAGAGGGGUAAAAUUAGGAUAAGAGGUGCCCUUCUUCGCACUUAUGUCUUCAAUAUCAUCUUCAAGACUUUGCUUGAGAUUGGCUUUAUUGUAGGACAGUAUUUCUUAUAUGGUUUUGAGCUAAAACCACUAUACAGAUGCAGCCGUUGGCCUUGCCCUAACAACGUGGACUGUUUUCUUUCACGGCCGACAGAAAAGACCAUUUUUAUCAUAUUUAUGCUUGUAGUGGCUUGUGUGUCUCUUUUGCUGAAUAUGUUAGAGAUAUAUCAUCUGGGGUGGAAGAAACUCAAGCAGGGUGUGACAAACAGAUAUAUGCCUGAUCCUUCCUGCAACAAAUCAGAACCUCCAAGUCCUCAAACUGCCCCAUCUAGCAUGUUGUUUCCACCAUACUACACUGAAGUGGCAGCUGCACCUCCAGUCUUGCAUCAUGCAUAUGCUAGGUCUUCUGACCCAGACUUCAAAAUUACAUCUGUGCCAGAGGAAGCUCUAGAGUCUCUUUCUCUGAAGAGCCACCAUGAACAUCUCAUAUUAGCAUCUGAGCAAAACUGGACCAAUCUAGCUGUGGAACAUGACAGAAUGUCUGGGUCAAGCAGUGGCAGUUUGAGAAAUGAUGGUGAGGAGAUGCUAACAACAGAAGCCAGUGGAAGCAGUGGAAGAGCAGAGGACAGACCAGUGACCACUACAGUGGAAAUGCACCAACCACCUCUCAUGAUAGAUGCGAGAAAACUCAGCAGGUCUAGCAGGCCCAUCAGUAGCAGAGCAAGGUCAGAUGAUUUAACUGUCUAGCAAAGGAAAGCGAAGCCAGCAAAAAAAGUAUCAGAGCAUAAGUUGCUGGUUAGACAAUAAAGAGAAAAAGAGAAACAAGCAUACUUGAUUUAUC